AGCCGCCCCGGCUCGGGCGCCAGGCCGCCCGAUCGGGGCCUCCCCCCGUGGGGGGGGGGCGCCGUGGCCUCCAAGAGGAGCGCGGGCGGCGGGUUCCCCGGGUUCCCGGGCGGCCUCUUCGGCGGCAAGGGCAAGGGCAAGGGCGGCAUCUUCGCGGACGGGGGCGAGGACGAGGACGAGGACGAGGACGAGGACGAGGGCGCGGAUGGCGGCAUGGGCGGCAGCUUCCGCGACAUGUUCGGCUUCGGCACGAGCGCCGGCGGCAGCGAGCGGAGCAGCUCGGCCAAGCGGGAGGUCGACAACACGAGGCUCUACGCCCUCCUGGGGGUGGAGCCGAGCGCGAGCAGCGGCGAGAUCAAGAAGGCGUACCACCGCAUGGCUAUGCGGCACCACCCAGACAAGGGCGGGGACCCAGAGACCUUCAAGGACAUCCAGCAGGCCUUCGAGGUCCUCGGCGACGCGGACAAGCGGAGGAGAUACGACCAGCUGGGCGAGGAGGCCCUCGACGACGACGGCGCGUCCUUCCGGGGCGGCGGCCCGCGCCGCAACCAGGCCCAGCGCACGAAGGACAAGGUCCGGCUCAUGUGGGUCACCCUGGAGCAGCUCUACACCAGCGUCACGAGGCCCCUGGCGCACAGCCGCAAGGUCGUCGACGAGGUUGACGGCCGGCCACCCUCCCGCUGCGACGCCUGCGGCGGGCAGGGCGUCGUGGUGCAGAUGAUCAGGCUGGGGCCCAUCGUCCAGCAGGUUCCCCAUACCUGCCCCGUGUGCAGCGGCGCCGGCAGCAGCGCCAAGCUCAAGACGGAGCGCGAGGUCCUCGACGUCUUCGUCGAGAAGGGCUCGCCGGACGGCCACAAGAUCGUGUUCCAUGGCAGGGCGGACGAGGCCGCCGGCUGCGAGGCCGGCGACCUCGUCGUCGUGGUCAGGGAGCAGGAGAGCACCCGACCUUCAUCAGGAAAGGCGCGGACCUGUACCUCGAGCGGCAGGUCUCGCUGGCCGAGGCGCUCACCGGCUUCCAGGUCGUCGUGCAGCACCUGGACGGCCGGAAGUGGUGCGUCCGCAGCAAGCCCGGGGAGGUGCUGCAGCCACAGCAGGGCGGCGUCACGCUGAAGGCCGUGCGGGGCGGGGGCAUGCCGAUCCACCAGGACCCCUUCUGCUUCGGCAACCUGUUCCUCGUCCUCUCCAUC